CUGGAGCUUGGGAGGAGAAAGCGAUGUGAGUGCUCCGGGGAGUCUGGCUGGGGCAAAACUCCUGCCUCUUCCCUCCUUUCCUUCCUCCAUUUUGCUCUUGGAGGCAACAGAGCUCCUUUUCCCUUUCCAAUGGCCCAACCUUCCUUGGGGUUUCUACUCCUCCUGGCUAGCUGCUUCUCCUCCUCUGAAACGCAAUUCCUGGACUGGAUUUGGGACAGCACGAAGACCACUGGAAGCCCAGCAACACCCAGCAAGGGAAUCCCAGCCUCAGAGCCACUACCCUCAGCGGCAGCUCCUGCUCCCAGCCUGUCCCCAGGGACGUGGGGUGAUGAGAUGGUGAGGAAUGUCACCACCCCACAGCAGCAGGAGCCAGAUCCUGGUACAGCAGCGCCUACGGGUGAGGGGACCGCAGCCAAAACCACAGAGCAGUGGGACAGGAAUGUCUCAGGGCUGAUGGAGAGCAUGGCACAGCCCAGCAUCGCUCCUCCUCACAGCACCUCACCUGCCCCUGGGCAGGAUGUGGUCGGCAGCUCCACUGAAGACCCACAGCUGCCUGGAAUGGGGACCACCAAGGACAUGCAGCUCCUGGGGUCAGGGACCACUGAAGACCCACAGCUCCUGGGGUUGGGUACCACCAAGUCCCCACAGCUCCUGGGGUCAGGGACGACUGAGGACCUGCAACUCCUGAGGAUGGGGACCACCAAGGACCAGCAGCUUUUGGAGUUAGGUACCACUGAGUCCCCACAGCUCUUGGAGAUGGGAAAUACAAAGGACCCACAGCUCCUGGGAACAGGGGCCACUGAGGACCUGCAGGUCCUUAGGGCAGGGAGCAACAAGGAUCUGCAACUCUUGAGGGCGGGGACCACCGAGCACCCACAGGUCCUGGGGAUUAGGAAUACCAAGGACCCACAGCUCCUGGGGACAUGGACCACCAAGGACCCACAGUUCCUGGGGAUGAGGACCACUGAAGACCCACAGCUCAUGGGGACAGGGACUGCCGAGAAUCUGCAGCUCCUGGGGAUAGGGACCACUGAGGACCUAGAGCUCCUGGGGAUGAGGAACACCGAGGACCCACAGCUCCUGAGGACAGUGACUACUGAGGACCCACAGCUCCUGGGGAACACUGAGGACCCACAGCUCCUGAGGACAGUGACCACUGAGGACCCACAGCUCCUGGGGAACACUGAGGACCCACAGCUCCUGAGGACAGUGACCACUGAGGACCCACAGCUCCUGGGGAACACUGAGGACCCACAGCUCCUGAGGACAGUGACCACUGAGGACCCACAGCUCCUGGGGAGAGUGACCACCGAGGACCCACAGCUCCUGAGAACAGGGACCAUCGAGAACUCGGAGCUCCUGGGGACAGGGACCCCCACAGCAAUGGAGACAUGGAUGUCCUUGCAGAGACCAGGAGGUCCCCAGCCAGAGAACCUGAGUGCCGAGGUCAGCCUCCUGGAGCUCAUCGGAGACCCGCCACCGGAGGAGAUCCUCAAAAUUUAUGGCCCUGACAACAACCCUGGCUAUGUCUUCGGUCCCAAUGCCAACACGGGCCAGGUGGCCCGGUACCACCUGCCAAGCCCUUUCUACCGGGACUUCUCCCUCCUGUUCCACAUCCAGCCCACCACCCCCCGGGCCGGUGUGCUCUUUGCCAUCACGGACUCCUCGCAGAGCAUCAUCUACGUGGGCGUCAAGCUCUCGGAGCUGCGGGCAGGCAAGCAGCAGAUCAUCUUCUAUUACACGGAACCGGGCUCGCCCAGCUCGUAUCCGGCAGCCACCUUCACCGUGCCCACCUUGCUCAACCAGUGGACACGCUUUGCCAUCAGCGUGGAGGAGGAUGAAGUCAUCCUCUACUUGGACUGCGAGGAGCAUGAGCGGGUCCACUUUGAGCGCUCCCCAGACGAGAUGGAGCUGGAAGAUGGCUCCGGGCUCUUUGUUGCUCAGGCUGGAGGGGCUGACCCGGAUAAAUACCAGGGGGUCAUUGCCGAUUUGAAGCUGCGAGGGGACCCGCGGGCGGCAGAGCGCCAGUGCGAGGAAGAGGAGGAUGACACGGAGCUCUCCGGUGAUUUCGGCAGUGGGGCAGAAGGUGGACACCAACCCUCGGGGAAGGUCGGGGGUGUCCCAGGGCUGGUGGAUGCUGUCCCUGUCACCUCUCCCCCCGUGGCGGGGGGCAGCGGGCCGAGGAGCAGUGGGGGGUCCCCGCAGCAAGCUGAGAGGACCAGAGCAGAGGAGACCCUGCGGGUCUCCAUGGGAGGCACCGGCCUCAAAGGUGAAAAGGGGGAGAAGGGCGAACGUGGCUUGAAAGGGGACUCAGGGACUGGUGGUAUCAUGGGGACAAGCAGUGUCAAGGGCCAAAAGGGGGAGAAGGGAGACCUGGGCAUCAAGGGCAGUGCUGGAUUUGGCUACCCUGGCUCUAAGGGCCAAAAAGGGGAACCAGGUGACCCCGGCCCACCCGGGACCCUCUCUCGGCACACUGAUGGUUCAGUGGUGGAGCAGGUCACUGGUCCCCCAGGGCCACCAGGGAAAGAUGGAGCCCCUGGCAGGGAUGGCGAGCCCGGAGAUCCUGGUGAGGACGGCAAACCUGGUGAUAUGGGGCCCCAGGGGUUCCCCGGGAUGCCGGGAGAGCCGGGUCUGAAGGGGGAGAAGGGUGACCCAGGCAUGGGGCCAAGGGGACCCCCUGGACCACCUGGCCCCCCAGGACCACCAGGACCCUCCUCCAAGAAUGACAAGCUGACCUUCAUUGACAUGGAGGGCUCUGGCUUCGGCGGUGACCUGGAGAGCCUGCGGGGUCCGCGUGGGCCACCCGGUCCCCCAGGGCCACCUGGCGUGCCUGGUUUGCCAGGGGAACCAGGACGAUUCGGGAUGAACCGCACGGACCUGCCAGGACCACCGGGGCUGCCAGGCAGGGAUGGGAUCCCUGGACCCCCAGGGCCAGCGGGUCCUCAGGGUCCUCCAGGAAGAGACGGGGAGGCUGGGCAGCCAGGGCCCAAAGGAGAGCGGGGUGACGUGGGUGACCUCGGCCUCCCCGGUGUACCGGGACCCAAGGGCAACAAAGGAGAAAUGGGACCAGCAGGACCGCCGGGAGAAAUGGGUUUAGCUGGCCUUCCUGGGCCCAUCGGACCCCGAGGGCAGCCAGGGCCUCCCGGGCCCCCGGGACCGCCAGGGCCAGGCUACGAGGCUGGAUUUGGUGACAUGGAGGGCUCGGGGCUGUCAUUCACCCCUGGACCACCUGGACCUGAAGGGCCACAGGGGCUGCCAGGACUGCCAGGGGCGAAGGGAGAGGUCGGCAGCCCUGGACAGCCCGGCUUGCCAGGCCCGAAGGGAGAUGCUGGCAUGCCUGGUGUGGAUGGACGUCCUGGCCUGGAGGGCUUCCCUGGACCACAGGGACCCAAAGGUGACCAAGGCAGCCCUGGUGAGAAGGGAGAGCGAGGACAAGAUGGUGUGGGGCUGCCCGGCCCCCCAGGGCCACCCGGUCCCCCUGGACAGGUCAUCACUCUCUCAAGUGAAGAUAAGUCUUUGGUGGCUUUUCCUGGUCCAGAGGGCAGACCAGGCCACGCCGGCUUCCCGGGUCCAGUGGGACCAAAAGGAGACCAGGGGUCAACUGGUCCCCAGGGCUCCCCAGGGUUGAAGGGGGAGAAGGGGGAACCCGGUGUCAUCAUCAGCCCUGAUGGGACCGUGGUCACCGCAAAGGUGAAAGGAGAAAAGGGGGAGCCGGGGCUGCAGGGGCCAAUGGGACCAUCAGGUCCCCCAGGACAAGCAGGGAUGAAGGGAGAGAUCGGCUUUCCAGGCAGACCCGGACGUCCUGGCAUGAAUGGGCUGAAGGGUGAGAAGGGUGACCCCGCAGAUGUGCUGGGCUUGCGGGGUCCCCCAGGACCCCCAGGACCUCCUGGGCCCCCUGGGCCCCCUGGCAGCAUAGCCUACAACAGUGGCAAUACCUUCAGUGACUCCAGCCAUCCUGCACUGCCAGCGUUUCCUGGUCUCCACCAGUUCCCAGGACAGAAGGGAGAGAAAGGUGAUGCCGGACCCCCAGGGCCCCCAGGGCACUUCCCCUAUGACCUGACUCACUUUGGCACCAACCUGCGGGGUGACAAGGGAGAUGCAGGUCCCAAGGGUGAGAAGGGUGAGCCGGGCAGCACCCCACUCUACAAUCCCAGUGUUUCCGGGCUGCCAGGGCCUCCAGGGCCCCAGGGAUACCCUGGGCUGCCAGGUCCCAAGGGGGAUAGUAUUGUCGGGCCACCAGGGCCUCCUGGACCUCAGGGUCCCCCUGGUAUUGGAUAUGAGGGGCGGCAGGGCCCCCCUGGCCCUCCCGGCCCCCCUGGUCCACCCUCCUUCCCAGGUCCCCACAGACAAGCUAUCAGCAUCCCUGGACCCCCAGGACCACCAGGACCCCCUGGACCACCAGGCACUAGCGGGUUAUCCUUGGGGCUCCGUGCCAUGCCAACAUACCAGGUGAUGCUGAGUGCUGCACACGAGCUGCCCGAGGGCAGCCUCAUCUUCCUGACUGACCGGCAAGAGCUCUACGUCCGCCUGCGCGGGGGCUUCCGACGGGUGCUGCUGGAGGAGCACAACCUGAUCCCCAGUUCAGCUCUGGACAACGAGGUGUACGACAAGCCGCCCACCCUCCACUACGCUGGCACCCAGCCCCACGGGCCCCUGCACCCCCUCCGUAACCAUGUCCCCCCCGCCACUGCCCGACCCUGGCGUGGGGAUGAGGUGGUGGCCAACCAGCACCGCCUGCCUGAGCAACCCCUGCUCCACCACCAGGACGAGCUCCUCAACAGCUACUACAUCCACCGCCGGCCGGAUCCGGCUCCCGUGGCUGCCCACGUGCACCAGGACUUCCAGCCUGCUCUUCACCUGGUGGCCCUGAACACCCCCCUCAGUGGCGGCAUGCGUGGCAUCCGGGGCGCUGAUUUCCAGUGCUUCCAGCAAGCCCGGCAGGUCGGGCUGGCCGGCACCUUCCGCGCCUUCCUCUCCUCACGCUUGCAGGAUCUCUACAGCAUCGUGCGCAGGGCCGACCGUGCCGCUGUCCCCAUCGUCAACCUCCGGGAUGAAGUGCUCUUCAAUAACUGGGAAGCCCUUUUCACAGGCAGCGGGGCUCCGCUGCGAGCCGGCACCCGUAUCCUCUCCUUCGACGGCCGGGAUGUCCUGCGGGAUGCGGGAUGGCCACAGAAGAGUGUGUGGCACGGCUCGGAUGCCAAGGGCCGGCGCUUGCCCGACAGCUACUGCGAGACGUGGCGAACGGAGGAGCGCGCCGUCACCGGCCAGGCUUCCUCACUGACCUCCAGAAAACUGCUGGAGCAGGUGGCCAGCAGCUGCCAGCACGCCUUCAUCGUCCUCUGCAUCGAGAACAGCUUCAUGACCGCCGCCAAAAAGUGACACCCACCCUCCCAUCCCCUGGGUACCCCCAUCUCCCCAGGGAGGGGCGGGGACCCUGCACCCCGGCACCCCUGGGGUCCUCAGCUCCCUCCACGUGCCUGCUCUCGCCCCGCAGGGUUUUCUUCUCCCACAGACCUGAAGCCAAAGAGUAUUGCCAUGGCCCCUGCCCUGGAUCGGCAGGGGCUUGGGUGCCACCCGGGGCAGAGCAGCCAUGAGCUGGCUGCCUUCCUCCUCCUCCUCCUCAUCCCCUCACUCUUCUUCUAAUAUUUAACCACUUCAGCUUAUUCCCCCACUUGCUUGGAUGCUCUUUUUGGCAUGGCUGGCUGGGAGGCUGCUUGACAGGGAGAUUUCAGAGCUGCCAUGUCAGGUGCCCUCCCCAGGAGCCUGUGGGGGCUCCCUGACCAGCACCCCAGCCCCACACUGUCCUCACCAGGAGCUUGGUGUUGGACCCAAAUCUCUGCUGCUGGGGCCAUGGGGUCUUCUCCAGCCAAAAUCCCAGCAUCCCACCCAAGGGACUGUCCCAUGGCAGUGCUUGGGCUCCCUCAGAUGGUCUCCCUCCUCCCCAGGUAAAGACUAUCCCAUCAUCAUCCUCACCUCCACCUCCCAGCCAGCAGAGCUCUGGUGGGGGUCUGGUCUCCCCCAUCCCCUCCACACACCCUCGGGACUUCUGUCCGUGCCCCUGCAGCCCAGGUACAGCCACAGUCAGCCCAGAACAGGUACUGGGCUGAAGGGGUGGCCCUGAUGUGUGGCCAGAUGUGCCCUUGGCGUGUGUUUAUGUGUGUGUGCGUGUUGAGUACGUGUGGUAUCAAGGGCAGGCACUGCCAUCCCCCCUCCCCAUGCCACCUUUGCUGGGCUUGAAUGGUGAAGGCGCAGCAAAACUGGUUAGAAUUGGUGUGGGCAAAUCCAAGGUGCUAAAAAAAACCAAAAAAAAAAAAAGAAAGAAAAAAGAGAAAUCUGUAACUAGCUUUUUUUUGUUAUUGUAU